AUGGUUAGUCCAACAGUGGUGAAGAGCGAAUCUCUCAAAAAGAAUGAGCCUAUUUAUUUGCUCAGCGAAUAUGAUGAGGACAGAAAAAUGUAAGUUUUUCCUGUUUGUUUUUUUUUAAUUUUGAAAAAAAAUCAUAUAGAAGUUUGAUUUUCAGCCGGUCAAAAUGGUUGAAAUGUUUAUUGUAUGCUGUUUUGAUUCUCACACUUGUUUUUACGAUUCAAUUACUGAUUGAACGCCGGGAAAAUGUUGGAGAAAUUGAUCGAUAUCAAAAAAUGUUCAAUGAUUUCUUGGUCAAAUUCAACAGAAGUUAUGAGACUCCUGAAGAACUUGAAUAUCGAUUGAGCAUUUUCAGGGAAAAUGUGAGGGAAUUUGAGGAGGAAGAAAGAAAGUGAGUUGUUCUUGUGAAAUUAGCAAAGAUAGAUAUACGUUUUUUUUUUAAUUCAGAAACCCUGGUGUUGAUUUUGACGUCAAUCACUUCACAGAUCGGACAAACUUCGAGUUGAAAACCAUUGUGCCUCAAAUAAAAAUCAGAAAUGAAACUGCACGAAUUCAUAAACAACUUUAUCAAGAAGGAGAAUCUCGGCCAGCUUCAUUUGAUUGGAGACAUUAUGGAGUGGUGACAUCGGUCAAAAAUCAGGGACAAUGCGGAUCUUGUUGGGCGUUUGCAGCUACAGCAGCUAUUGAAUCACAAUUUGCAAUCAGAAGACGAUAUUUGGUGGAAUUGUCUGAACAGGAAAUGGUUGAUUGUGAUUCACGUAGUCAUGGAUGUAACGGUGGAGUUCCACUAUAUGCUAUGGAGUUUGUCAAAAGAAAGGGGCUUGAAACUGAAGACGAUUAUCCAUACCAAGGACAUGAAACUCAUCAAUGUCGUCUAGAUACCAAAUCUGUAAGUACACAUUUUCAGAUCAAAAUAAUAAGAUUCCACUUCCAGAGACGUGUAUUCAUUGAUGAUUAUGGGCAACUUCAGCAAAAUGAAGACUUCAUAGCAGAAUGGGUAUCCAGAAUUGGCCCAGUAACAUUUCAUAUGAAUGUGAUCAAAUCAAUGUUCAGCUAUCGUUCUGGAAUCUUUAAUCCUUCAUCUCAAGAUUGUCAAACAAGAUCAACAGGUGCACAUGCUAUGACAAUCGUUGGUUACGGUGUCGAAAGAUCACAACCAUAUUGGAUUGUCAAAAAUUCAUGGAGUAAAAGUUGGGGAGAAGGUGGAUAUAUGCGAUUGGCUCGUGGUGUGAAUGCUUGUGGAGUUGCUCAAUAUGUUGCUGCUCCAAUUAUUCUUUAA